ACAGAGAAAGAAGCGAACGACAGAGAAGGGGACUUGCAAGUGAAGAGAGGCCCCACAGAUACAGACCUGGACCCCUGGGCCCCCAGCAAGGAGGAGUUCCGCCCAGGCUCUGCAUCUGGCUUUUUCAUCAGCUCUAAAGGAAUGAAGGUUUUGGAGCGCUGCCCCACACAGCCCCUCAAUCUUCGUUUGCUAGUGGGUGGGGCCAUUGGAGCCUUAAAGGUGUCCCUCCCACCAUAGGACUCCACCAGGAUGAGGCGGCUUGUGGCCAAGGCCAUGGCGACUGAUGAUGAGGACGGUGAUGCAUAUCGUUGGAGGCUGACCGAGGGUCGGUGUUAUACCCACCUCAGCCUCAGCCUCUGUCUCUGGUACAUUCUGGGGACUUGCCAGGGCUCCUCUGUUCACCUGCCUGAUUUUAUCCCCCCUUUCCGGCAGCCUCUGGUGCAGUACUGUGACAAAACCCUGGACCUCUUCACAGACGGGGUCCUGGUGCUCAGCCACACCGCGCCAGGCCUGCCCAUCCUGGGCAGCGGUCGCAACUCCGUGGGGUCCACGUGGAGAUUCGUUGCCGACGAAGACUGA